GUUUGGGAACUAAGUUUGCGUUUCUGUGUUUCACGUUUUUCACUUUUUUUUUUCUUUUUCCCUACGCGUGAACAGUAACCUCACAUAGGUUCACUGUGCAAAAGACAAAAAUCACUAUUCACGCACUGUUUAUUACUGUUCACAGCACUAUUCACAUACUAAAAAAUAUUAAAAAUGGGUCUCACGGUACUAUUCACACAUUUAAAAAUUAUUUUACUACAAUGUUUUCAGUUUUUAGUUUUCAGUUUCAGCAACAAUAAGUUCAAUCCAAACGGACUCUUUGUAUUUUGUAUAUAAGACAUCACAUUAGUGGUUAGCCAUCAUAAACAACUAAGCGAGCAGAUCUUUGUAAAUAGUUUCUAAAAAAAAAAACUCUUUGUAUUUUGUAUAUAAGACAUCGCAUUAGUGGUUAGCCAUAAAAAACAACUGAGCGAGCGCGACUUGUCAAGGUCUUUGUAAAUAGUUUCUCAAAAAAAAAAAAAGUCUUUGCAUUUUGUAUAUAAGACAUCACGUUAGUGGUUAGCCAUCAGAAACGAUUGGGCGAGCACGUGGUACUCUACAAAACUCUAAAAGAAAAAGAGAUACUUGGUUUGCUAAGAAAGGGAGAAACUUGCAUUGGACAAAGUAAUAUGUUAAAGGAACAUGUGAGGAUGAUGCUUCACAAAGUGGUGGAUCCUUUAGAGCAACUCGAGCUAAUAGAUACCUUGCAAAGACUCGUAUUAUCUCAUCACUUCGAGGGAGAGAUGAAGAGAAUAUUGGAAGAUCUAUACAACAAUGAUCAAAGUGGUGAUACGUGGAGGAAGGAGAAUUUAUAUGCCACAACUCUUAAAUUUAGACUCCUAAGACAGCAUGGAUAUAACAUCUCUCAAGGAGUUUUCAAUAUUUUCAAGGAUGAGAGAGGGAAAUUCAAGGCAUGCCUUUGUGAGGAAACCAAGGGUAUACUAUCCUUGUAUGAAGCAUCAUUCCUUUUGACAGAAAGUGAGAAUAUGUUGGAGGAAUUGAGAAAUUUCGCAACCAAGCACCUCCAAGAAUAUGUCAAGCAGAAUAAAGAUAAAACUCUUUCUGCUAUGGUGACUUAUGCCUUGGAGCUUCCACUACAUUGGAGAAUAAUGAAGUUUGAAUCAAGGCGGUUUAUUGAUAUAUAUAGAAGUAGAGAAGACAUGAACCCUAUCUUACUUAAACUUGCAGAAAUGGAUUUCAACAUGGUGCAAGCAGUCCACCAAGAAGAUUUAAAACAAGUGUCAAGGUGGUGGAAGAACACUAGGCUUGGAGAAAAUUUGACCUUUGCAAGGGAUAGGCUAACGGAGCUUUUCUUCUGGUCAAUGGGUAUGAUAUAUCAACCUCAGUUUGGAUGUCAAAGGAUAAAUUUAACAAAGCUGGGUGUACUUAUAGUAACGGUAGACGAUGUUUAUGACGUAUAUGGAACUUUAGAUGAACUUGAGCUCUUCACAGAUGCCAUUGAGAGAUGGGAUAUUAAUGCAAUGGAUCAGCUUCCAGAUUAUAUGAAGAUAUGUUUCCUCAUUCUCUACAACUUUGUUAAUGAAAUGGCUUUUGAUCCCCUUAAGGAUCAAGGAUUCCAUAUCAUUCGAUACCUUAAAAAAGCGUGGUCAGAUUUAUGUAAAUCUUAUUUGUUGGAGGCCAAGUGGUAUCACAACGGAUAUAUACCAAGCCUUGAAGAAUACCUUGAGAAUGCAUGGAUAUCAAUAGCAACACCACUUAUACUAAUGCAUGCUUUCUUUAUGGUCACCAAUCCAAUAACGAAGGAAGCCUUGGAUUACUUGGAAAAGUACCCCAAAAUAUUCUAUUGGUCAUCAAUGAUUCUACGACUUACAGAUGAUCUUGGAACAUCUGCGAAUGAAUUAGAAAGAGGUGAUGUUCCAAAAUCAAUCCAAUGUUACAUGAAUGAAACUGGUGCUAGUGAAAAAGAUGCUCGUGAGUAUGUGAAGUCUUUGAUUAGUACAGCAUGGAAGAAGGUGAAUGAAGAGAGAGUUGCAAGUUCUCCAUUCUGUCAAACAUUUAUUGAAAUUGUAAUGAACCUCGCAAGGAUGGGUCAUUUCAUGUACCAAUAUGGAGAUGGGUUCGGUGUUGCAGACCGAAAAACUAAAGAUAGUAUAUUAUCGUUACUUAUUCAGCCCAUUCCACACUCCAGGAUGUCUUCUGGCAAUUCAAAUGCUACACCAAACUUGAACAUCAAUUAAGUGAAGACUUUAAACCAUGAUUUAUGAGUAUGGAUUUUGGUUUUGGAGGAGUUAUCAUAUUUAAUAAGUUGGUUAGGGUGCUGUGCAACGGGUGGCCAAUUAAGGUUUUUUCUAUGGACCCCCAAAAUAAAGUAGGAGUUUGGUUUUCUAAUAUGUUGUGGUUAAUCAAUACUUUAUUUAGUUUAUUUGAGUGUUUAGUUGGUUUAUUA